GAUAAAUAUUGUAGUCCGAAGGAAUUUUAUUGCUCGAAUACUUCCUUAAUUUACGCUCUUUAUUUGUUAUUUGAAAUGAAAGGCGAUAUUUACAAAGAAACACAACAAUUUGUUUGCUAUAUUUAAUGAUCUUUAUAUGGAGUGGGAGAUAUUGAGAGUUACAAAACGACAUGGCGUGAACGUCAACAUGUGAACGACCGACUAUUAAAUAUACACAAAGCGGAAUUUUGGUGGCAGUGUAAGCAAACGUUUGUAUUUCAGCAGUUAAUUGAAGACGUAUGCUGGAAGUACCAGUUAACUGAAACGUCUGUGGAAAUAUGGAGACUUGGAGACCGACUGAAGGGGCAAAAUACGGCAUAGGUAACAAUAUUUAAUUUGAAUGUUGACAGUCGUUUUAUCGCCUUGAGGAUGCAUUAAUAUAAUUGAAUCGACUCGCUUCAUGGGUUUUUGUUUCCUUUUUAUCAGCGAUCUAUAAUUUUGAUGGAAAAGUUAACCAUGGGCUCCAGCUCGAUAUAGGAGAUGCAGUUCAGAUAUUCGAAGGGUGCGCUGGUAUGUAGCAAUUAAACUUAUGACUGGAAUUAGCACACGAUUAUUUCACCUCUGUUGGUGACUUCGACUGACUUGUACUAUGUCAUUGUUGUCAUUAUAGUGUGUACUUGCAUUGAUAAUUCCAGAAACUUAGUCAUGCUAAUAUUUUGAUAAAAUAUUUGAUCUUUAUUGUAUCUUGUUCGUGAAAUAAGUAUGUAUUUGAUGAAUAUAUAAACAAAAUACCUUACGUUUAUAUAUUUGGCGUAAUAGACAUUUAAUCGUCAAUUGGAAUGCAUGCGUGCUGAACAAUUCAUUGCUCAUUUGGCGAAGCGUGUUAAAAGCGUAUUUAUUAUGGACAUAAUGUGUAAAUGAAGAAGAUAAAAGACUAUUAUUUUGCCUAUUUCAAUCAUUCAAAGAGAAACACAGAUUAAAAGAAUUUUAGGCUAUACCUUGUGAAACCUGAUCAAAAAUUCUUUCAAUAUAAGCCAUUUAUAUUGUUUACAUUAUUGACAAUAUUACAUAAGGAUAGGCCACAUUUAGUUUCCUGUCUGGAAAACAUCACAGAUUAAUACAUCGGCAAUAUUUAGCUGGCACAUCUACAUGGUAAUGUGGAAAGCUAGACAAAACAUACUGUAUGUUUAUCACUGAGUGUUGAAUGCAUAAAUUAACUAAUACUAAUACAGUAAUAGCUGGAAUAGUGAUGAAACAGCAAUUUUAUAGUAAUUUUGGAGCUGAUAUCUUUCACUGACAGCUGAUACUAUAGACUGUACUAUAUUUAUUGCACUCUUUUUUGGCCUUGUUUUCAUUUGUUUAUUUCCUAAUGUUUUGUGCACAAAAGGGUUAAGGUCAUAGCUUAAAUGUAAUUAGGGAAUAAAAAAUGCAGUAAACAGUAAAGUCUAUUGAUUUGAAUUUUAGAUGACUACCACGAAUCUCAACCUAACAAAUGUUUCCCACUAGAUCCCUUGACCCCAUAAAACAUACCAAAAAUACAAGUUUUGUACUUUAGACGGUUUUAUUAAAUUAAACGUCUUAUAUUGUAGAACAGGCUAAUACAGUAUAUACCCUGUACCUUUGGACAACAGUGCUGAAAUUUCCAUGCCAAUUGCAUGAGAAAGCAUGUGCUUCCAUGUUUCCAGAGAAAACCCCACAGUUCAUUUCUUGGAUGGUGCUCACAAUAGACCUUUCUUUAUAUAAUGACAUCAAACAUGGAAAAACACCCAAUAUGGUGUCCCAAGGGUAAAUUGUUAGUGGCAAUUCUCAAAGACAGUUUUUUAUGAAUUUAAUUGGCUUGCCAAGACUUGCAUUGCAAAUCUUCAUUCAAUUAAUUGUCACUAAAAAUUGUCCUUUGGGACAUCACAUAAAUUGGUUUUCUGUGUUUGACAUCAUUAUAAGAAAGGUCUAUUGAUUGGGCCAGUAUUACUAUAUAUGUAGGUUUCUUUAGUUUUUGUCAUCAAUGAUGGACACUUUGCAAAAUAUUGAGGGGUGCGGGUGACUUUAGAUUGGCACCAUAUCGCUACCCAAGAUUUGGUGCUCCAAAUCCCAGUUGAACCUUAAUUUUUUUAUUUGUUUAUAGUAUACCAAUGCUAUCAUAGUUGUAAAUCAUUAUUAUAUAGCUUUGUUCCAUAAUUAUUCAGUUACCAUUUAUAGGAUGAUCCAGGGGCAUACUGGCCAGACACAAGACAACGAGAAUUUGUUGUGGGCCCUUGGCAUCAUAGGCCCUUCAAAUCAAUGAAAAUUGAAAAAAAAUUAAACUAUAUGGCAGUCUACUAAAGCAACCUCUAGAAGAGUUAUGUAUUCGCUCACUCCAAUGACCACACAAUUGUCCAUUACAUCCUUUUUGUGAAUGGCAAAAAGGACUUGCCUCUAAUGAGUGAGUGUUAGGUUCCUCGCCAUUUCAAAAGUAGUACCACGAAAAGAAGUUAACAGGUUAAUUGAGCAUAUAGGUGAUCUAUGUUGUUGACUGAUGCAAUUAUAAAACAAUCCUGAACCUUCUUGCAUUCAAACAGUGCUAUGUCAUAAUAGGCUAUAUGGCAGCACUUCCCCAUGUGAUAGUAACAUCUAGUAUUAUAAACACUUCAAAAUAAUUAUUUGCUGAUGUCUAGGGUGGUACAGAGGUUGUUGUCUUAAAAAUAAAGCUUUAAAGGUACGUUUAAAAUCUUUGCUGUUUACAUAUACAGUAAAUUAUCACUAGACACUAGUUAUAGACUAUAGUAUAUACUAACUGAUCAGCGCCACUUUUCAAAUUGUAAAUGACGUCAUCCUUUCAGUGAUUGCAAAAGUAUUUGCAGGCUGAUAUUUCGCUGAGUUACAAGAAAGUGUUGCGGUAGUAAAAAUAUUCGUGAAUGCAAAUUUAAAGUAGUUAUUUUGUGUGGCAUAAUAGCUAAGGGCAGCUAAGGCUAGCCUAUACUAUAGUUCCUUGACCUUUUCACUUCCGCGAUACUAUUCUUGGGUGGUAUUCUUGUUGUUUGCACGUUGACCGAUUUCUUCCCAAACGGGCAACAUGCAUUCAUGACAGCAGCCAAGUUAUUUACCCGUACGUGGCGAAGGAACCAGGCUAGCUUUAGACAAUAGUCUUCUCUUUUCCGUUUAUACCCUUCUUAUACUGUAUGCGCAAAUGCCCAAUACGUAAUUGAUGUAAUAAGACACGCAAGGUUAUUAUUAGAAUUUAUAAAAAACGUUGAUAAAUCUACACUUGUCUGAGUAUACGGAAUAUUAUUUUACAGGGUAUAUUUCCAGCUUCGUUCGUACAGUUGAAGGAAUGCAUUGUAGAAAAUUUGGGGUAAGGCAUUUUAUACUUCCCGCUCUCAUCUUCCGCUGUUAUGAAUUCAAGGCGCGCAAGGUGAUAGGAUUUAUCAUUUAUUCAUGUGGAGAUCUUGUAAAUUAAUGUUCAAUUUGAACAAAGUUGGAGAUCAUGUAAAUUAAUGUUUUCAGCCAAUUUCUUACAAAAUUGUAAAGCGCUCCUAAACUCUUAAGACUUACCAAUACUGCAAUAAGUAUAACUGUUGAAGGAGGCUCAGUGUGGAAACUAUAGCCUGUUCACUGUCUCAGAUCAGGCGAAAACUUACGUAACCCAAUCAAGCUGUGAAUCAAUUACCGGCGAAAAGUGCAAUGGAAUAUCGAUUCUUACAAAUGAAACCACAGUACCACACUACAGUAAUACUCAGAAAUACCACUGCGUUUGCGUUCCAAACGUUCUCCAGAGAACUCUUGGAAAUAUCAAUGGCACCGCACUCAAUGUACACAUGUAGCAUCGUGCAAUGCCUCAGACCAGCAACUACUGUAGUACAGUAUUACAGAUAUUUUUGAUGAACGAUAGUCACAUAAAGCACCUUAAUUAUUAUUUUAGUACGCCACUAGAGAUAAUAACUCCCAAUGGAGACGCAAUAAUUAAGGAAGUGACUGCCGUACUACGUGAAUGGCUGGAGUUGUGGAAGAAACUCUUUCUGGUAAGCAAGGCCAAUAAGUGUUGACUUCAUUUUUCUGUAUACCAUAUAACGAAGGCAAGAUUUUAAAAUCUAUGAAUUUCCUCUAGGCAAUAUAUAUAAGCAUAAAGGUAUCCAGUAAAUGUGAUAUCAUUGUUAACAUCCAACCCCAUGCAACAACGUUCCUUUACUGGAACAAAUGAAAUACAACAAAAAAUAUUUGCCCUAAACCACUAAGCAACCAGGAUGUUACUUUUCCAUACACAAUGCACGUGUUCGCAUUUGCUUUCCCGAGGCACACUUAAUAUUUAGUUCAACAUUAUUAUAGUUAAGGCCCGUUCACUGCGUCUGCGGAUUGCGAGAAUUACAACUACAGUACUGUACCUGAAAAAUACAAGCAAAACUUCGACGUUUUUGAGCGAAGGCCCAACAUACUGGACUGGUUUGAGCGGGAUAAUUUACCACAUUAUUCCUCUAUAGAAAAAUGAUCAGACGAAGUUCCUGGAAAUGAAGAAAAUCAUGGAUCAUCUAGUAAAUCUCCGCUUGAAGAUUUUAUCUGGUGUCCUCACUCAGGUUCGUAUUGCGUUAUUUCACUCAUUAAUUUCCUUAAACAUUACUGUAGACAGUGGCUUGAGAGUCGGUCUAGAAUCGAGAAUUAGGAUGUCUCCUUUCCUCGACUAUUCUGGGGGAUCACCUUGGGCAUGUGAUAGCACCCUCAAGCAGUAAAGGGGAGAUAUAUGGUCCCCUUCGUGCCAUAAUGAAGGCAGCCCUCUAGGAAAUAACGAAACCACUAGAAACAAAGAAGGCAUUGACAGCGCUGCCUGUCCCAGAAGGGGAGGCCCUUAAAAGGUAGGGUACUGUAAAGAAAACUUGCUCAGAUUACACAUACCGCGGCCAGCGUUCUGCUGCACGUAGUUGCCAAGGAGCUGAUACGCUACAACGUUAACAUUGCUGCCUGUCAGGAGAGUAGGAUGGAAGGCCAGGGUCAGAUUGAAGAAGACAAGCACAUAUAUUUCAGGAUCGGCAAGAAAAGCGAAACAAGAGAUGAUGGAGUUGCCUUUAAUUUGCAGUCUCCGUGUCAUACUCAGAGGAAGAAAAGGAAGUUCUUACCAGGAACUACCUACUACUUCUUGGUGACGUCAGUGCAAGAAUUGGUAAAGACCACACAAUCAAUGAAGGUGUCGUUGGAAAGUUCGUUAAAGGCAAGAAGAAUAGCAAUGAUGAGCUUUUUCUGAACAUCUGUGCCCAACGAUAUCUGAGCAUUACCAACAUCCACUUCCGCCUACUGGAUAAGAACUACCACAUCUGGAUGCACCAAAAAUCCAAGCGCUGCUACGUGCUGUGUGAUCUCCCGCAAGAGCAAACUGGUCGAAGUGCUUUCUGCAAAAUUGAUGUGUGCAACGGAGUGCUCAAUGUACCACCACAUGGUUCGAACUCAGUUGAGGCUGAAAUUGCUGCUGAAGAGAUGGAGAACUGUAAGUGUAGCCCCGUAGGAAGCUUAACACCGGUAAACUAGCUACUGAAGAAUACCACAGAAGUUGGCCACAGACACUCUGAGAGUGACUGUACCCAAUUCCGCAGAAGAGGCCCUCAGUAACCCCAAUUAGAAGAAAUCGGCAGACUGGUUUCAGCGCCAUAAUGAGGAGAUUUAAGAGUUAAUGCAGAGAAAACAACAGCUCUAUAAUUAACGGCUACCUCAGAGAGAACUCCGAGAAGACCCUCCCAGCUCUUAAGGAAGCUAAGCCGUGACCCAGAGGAAGAUCAGGUCAAUGAAAAACAGCUGGUGGUGCGGAAAUGCAGACAAUCUACCAGAGAGGACUGAUAGAAAUGGCAUUCAUGGCCUUUUUUCAGGAAUCCUCUCACUCCAGUGACGUCAGUGGAUGGAAGUAAGCUACAGUAGAUACUAACCUAAAAGAGAUAAAGUUACAAUUGAGAACAAGGAACAGCUCGCUGACUUCAGUGCCUCACUACAAAUUACUAGAAAGACCAGUGAAGGAGGUAUUGUAUGAACCCCUUACUGGCCCUUAGAAGAAGUCCAGAAAGCUCUCAAGGGUACCAGCUAUACAACAUAUGCUAGGAAAAGCAAUGUCUCUCACAAGAUAGGUUGAUCGUGACCACUUACAUAAAGAAAGACGACAGCAGUUAUUGGAAACCACUGAGGCAUGAUGAUUUUGGCAAAGAUUUUUCUCAACAGGACUAAGACCGAGGAAAUACUACCUGAAAGCUAUUGUGGUUUCCGAGCCGGCAGAACAACAGUGGAUAUGAUCUUUAUAAUACAUAUUGUCAUGUAGAUGGGUUUAUGUAGAUGAAUAUUCUAACGCAAAUUUAUAUACAUUUUCGACCUAGCCAAGAGCAGUUGCGAUAAAUGCAACUAUAGGCCCUCUGGCAGGAGUCGAACCUGCAGAUUUCGGUGCAGCGCUCUAACCAGGUCAUGAUGCAGAAACAAGGUGAGAUUGUAGGAUUGUUGAUUUUAAUCUGAUCCGCUCUGCCCACGGAAUGACGAAAAUGUCAGUUUCAUAACUAUUGUCGCCAUGCAUCAUAUCAGAACGAAAUUAGAUUUCAUAAGACGGCAAACUUCACACAAAGACUGAGCUGUCUGGACAAACAUAAUUUGAAAAGAACUGUUCAAACAUAAAUAAAUCUGUAUAAAUAUACUUCUGCCGAGUGCGGGCUUAAUUGUGGUAGACCUCCCAGCAUCGCACGAUUACCCAGUGAUUACGGUAAAGAAGUCACAACUGAAUAAAAUUCCAUAACAUGCCAAAACUCGGUUGUUGUGCGCUUCUAGCAGUUGUGUUUCUAUCAUUAUGUUUUAUCAGCCAAACUUCUCGAAGUGAUGACGGAGAUAUUUUUUUGUUAUUGGAAAAUAAUUUACGUCGAGAAGAAGCAACUGACCAUAAAGAGGCAAGUACCGUGAUUAAUAAGCAGUUAUACCAACUGAAACCUCGCAGUGUACGAUCAGUAACAAAUAGUAGCACUUCAGAGAAUAACACAGGUAGUGGUAGCGUUAUACAUCAGAAUAUAACUCUGAAACUUUCAUCGCCUGUGCUAAGGAUUUUCACAGCACCUCCGAUACAAACAACCACAGCCAAAUCGGCCAUCUUACCACCAACCUUAAUUCCUCGCAUAAUACUGAGACGAAACCCUGCAUCACCAAUCAACUGUGGUAGCAAAGUGUAUUCCUGUUCAAAUAAAUGCACGGAAAAGACUACACAUACCGUAUUCUCAAGCUUCAAGGAACCGGCUGUCUCUGAUUGUUAUUGCGAUAAGGCAUGUAAUGAUGUAUUUGAGGACUGCUGCAGUGAUUACGAACAGUCGUGUUCAAUGAAUUCGAAAUUAAUGGAUAUUGAUGAUUUCUACAAACAGAAGAGUAAUUGGCGUUGCGUAAUCAUGAAAGUAAAUACAGGGAAGUGCUCGAGAUCAAAAGGAUCGUGGAUAGUAGCAAGAUGUCCAAAUUCUUGGCCAAAUGAUGAGGUCAAAACAAAAUGUCACAAUCCUUCCUUGGCACUAGAUGCUCAUUCCCUCCUCCUAUAUUUACCUGUUGUUGGUCUCCCUGAUUUACUUACGUAUAGAAACCAAUAUUGCGCACUUUGCAAUAAUGUGUCAACAUACGAAUUUUGGACUUUGAUAUUUAAAGUAGAAGCAAUACCCCCUCCGUAUUAUACCCCAGAUAAUUUUGUGGAGUUUAUUGCGAGGAAUUAUCAGCUUUUAGACGGCAUUCGACCAAAAGAAGGACAGCGUAUCCGUUGGUGUACUUACCCAGAUGUAUUAAAUACUUGUCUUAAUACAACAUCUGAACAAGGCAUGAAAGAUUGUGUGCAAGGAACUGUGGGUUUGGUAAAGGAAAUACAUUCGAACACGGUAUUCAAAAAUAAAGCUUGUGCUAUGUGUAAUGGAUAUAGCAUGAUAUGUGGGGUGUCCGAAAAAACAGUCGAUCCUUGUAGUAUAGGUGGCUCUGCAAUAAGCCGUGCUAUAAGCUUGCGUGAUUAUGGUGUAUCCAAAACAACCAAAUCAUGCAGGAAAAGUGAAGUUUACGAUACUUUCUUAGGGAAAUGUCGUCAGACCUACAUCAUCAAUAAACUAAACUCGGGCUCUGCGGAUGAAUACCAAGUGACUAUGUCAGUCUUAUCAAAGACUAAUGGAGCUGUUUAUAUUUUCCAUUUUCAAUUGGAAAAGUCACUUUCUGAUUACUUCCUAGUGAACAAAUCACAAAUUAAUGUUAUACAAAUUACUAAGAUCAAUUCAGCCGAAGGCCAAGCGAUUCUUUUCAUAUUCAAAAUACAGUUGACACAGGCACAAAGCCUGAUUUUAGCAUCGGAUGUAAACUUAAAUGGAAGUUCAAAUGAAACAACUACAUUACGUCGUCUAUUUAGAUUUAGCGAAGCUUUUCAACUUCAUGUUGGUUCUCAUACGUUCACAAUUUACCGUCAGAAAAUUCGGCAAAUUAAUUGUACCCGUCCACAUGUCUACCAGUAUGCAGAAUAUGUUUUUCUGGAUGAUUUAAAGAUUCGUAUUUUAUCUACUGGCGCUGUCUACGAGCAGCUUGAAUACUACAUGAACAGUACCGUGAAAAAUGCACCAGUAUUAACAGUGUGCUUGAAAAUUGUAUCACGUCAAUGUAAUGGAACCUAUAUUAAACUGAAUUCCUCGGAAUUUCACUUUACCAACAAUUUAACACUAGUGUACAAUUCACUUCUGUAUAAGUUUGGUGAUUAUAUUUACGACAACGGUAUGGUGUAUAUAUGUGUGAACUUUGAGAGAGAAUAUACAACCAACACAAGCAACAAUACACCUAAAGAUGAUUUAGAAUUGGUAAUAUUGACUUGGAUUGGGUUUAUCGUGUCUAUACUUGGCUUACUGAUUCUUUUCUUCACUUAUAUCAUCUUUAAAGAACUAAGAACUUUGCCAGGAAAGAAUCUUAUGAAUUUGUCCAUCUCCUUAUGUUUAGCUGAAAUAUUCUGGCUCGUUGGCUCUACACUUGAUAAUUAUCCCACAGCAUGCACUGUUGUUGCAAUAGCAAAUCAUUAUUUCUUUCUGGUUUUCUUCACGGCAAGUUCAGUAAUUGCAUUUCAUUCAUGUUUGGUAUUUGGACGCAAGAUGACUAUUCGUCGCACUCCAUCUGAAGACAACAAGAUAUGUGUUAUCUACUUUCUAGUUGCCUGGGGAAUGCCAGGUCUUUUUCUCCUCAUUUUCGGUUUACUAGAUCACUACGGAGUGUUCAUUGUAGACUAUGGUAAAUCAGUCGUAUGUUGGCUUGGCACAAAGGAAUCAACGAUUUUUCUAUUUAUACUUCCAUUCGGCAUAUUGCUAUUAUUCAACCUUAUUCUGUUCAUCAUCGUAGCUUUACGUCUUCGUGAGAAUCAAAAAUCCAGCGCUAAAGCUCUUGGAAAGGAAGCAAAGAAACGUCAAACGCAGAACGUCAAAGUUUGCCUCAAAUUAUCAACUUUGAUGGGAUUCUCAUGGUUAUUUGGACUGCUGCAGGUUGCCGUGGAAAUGGAAACUGACGCUUUUGCGUAUCUGUUUAUUAUUUUCGUCAGUUUCCAAGGUUUGUUUAUCUGUGCAGCGUUUCUGUUUCAAAGAAAGUGUUAUGAACUCUACAACACCUUAAUAUUUAGUUCAUCCAGAGGCACCAUUACAGGUGCAGAGACGCCGUCAAAAGGUCGUCGUGUAAAGGACACGAAACUCUAAGGUAAUUUGUUGACACUACUGUAAGUAGGGUUUGUAGAUGACUUUCAGUAGACUAAUUUGUGGUCUCUGCUGAACAACUGCAUGGAAAAAUAUACACUAUCAGAAUAUUUUAAUGCAUAUGUGGGAAACUGUUGAUUUAAAACCAGGAUAAAUAUAUUAAUUUGAAAAUGCAAUGAAUCUCACGUUCUGCUAAUAUUAGUUAUUGGACAUCUCACUCGAUAAAGCUAAAUGUUGAUGGCUUUUUCUGGAUGGAUAUUUCGAGUAAUUAUUGUAUACAUUUUCAGGCCUAAACAGGAGCAGCUGCCAGAAAUGCUACUAUAAAAAUCGCACAGUUCGAAAAUUUUCGUUAAACUACAAAUUCCACAAAAUUUGUGAAAAUGUUAUGCAAGCAUGAGUGAUGAGUAGUUUGGGAUCUGCCAGUAUCUUCACCACUAAAAUUAUUUGAAAGGUAAAUUUUAAAACCACUUUAAAAUGUCUUGUGCACAAAAAUGGAUUUUUAAAAUUUUUAAAAAUUUCAGUUUAAAAAUGAAAAUUUACUUUUCAAAAUAAUGUUAGUGGUAAGGAUACUAGCAGAGCCCAAACUAUCCAAGCUUGCAUAACAUUUUCACAAAUUUUGCGGAUUUUGCAGUUUAGCGAACAUUUUCGAACUAUGCAUUUUUUAUACACCCUGUAUAUAGACCCUUUUCCAUAUACCUUGGUUCAUUUACACGGGGAUUUAAUAUUAAGAACCAUGGCUUUUAUUCGUACAUAACUAUUAGUUCUUUAUCAAGUUUGUUGUCUCAUAACGUUUUCAAGGAAUCUAUAUUGGUUGGUGAUAGUGUUAGGGCUGCUGUUCAAUCUUAGGCAGGUUAGUGUUAUAGAUGAGGAUGGUGGUAGUGGUAGGAUUAAUCAUCUUAGUGAUGGGGCUAAUAGUUUUAUAGUCAUAGUCAUUGUCAUGAACUAUCUUCUUCACAAUCAUUGGUUAUAGUCAUCUUAGUAAUGGAUUAUGGUCAUCAUAGUUAUGGACCAAAGUCAUUUUUGUCACACUAUAAUCGUAAUAUAAAUUACUACAGUAUUCGUAAAGUCUUGGGCUAUAGUUUUCACAGUCAUGACUGUAGUCUUCAUAGUUAUUGACUUAGGCCAUCAUAGUCAUUGAUUAUAGUCAUCAUGGUCAUGAACUAUAAUCAUUAUGGUCAUGAACUAUAGUCAUGGUCAUGAGCUACAAUUAUCAUAGUUAUCAUGGUCAUUGACUUAGACCAUCGUGGUCAUGAACGGUGGUCAUCAUGGUCAUGAACUGCAGUUAUCAUGGUCAUGAGCUAUAGUCAUCAUAGUCAUUAUGGUCAUGGACUAUGGUGUCAUUGCCAUGAACUAUAGUCAUCAUGGUCAUGAACUAUAAACAUAGUCAUGAGCUAUAGUCAUCAUGGUCAUGGACAAUAGUCAUCAUAGUUAUCAUGGUCAUGAACUAUAGUCAUCAUGGUCAAUAUGGUCAUGGACUAUAGUCAUCAUGGUCAUGAACUAUAGUCAUGGACUAUAAAAGUAAAAUACAAUUUCAUUAAAUCUCGCUAAACUAGAGUAACCUACAACUUAUACUAUCCCUAAAUGCAAUUAGAAUCUAUUCGCUUGUAUUUGUCUGUCUCAUUCUCACACAGGCCUGCUUGAGGAUUUAAUUGUUUAGGUGGAUUAUUGACCGGUUUUGAUUACUUUCUAAUAUGAAAAUGUGGAACCUAACAAUUACUUUGACAACCAAAUAUAAGUUUUCUUUUAGAUUUUGUCGUAUAUAAAUAAGUCUGGAUUUUCGCUGCUUCCACAGCCUGGAUAUGGUUUAAUGCUUAAAUUUUUAACAUUUCGAAGCUUCGUUUUUUAUUCCUAUUAAGAUCUAUGUUAAAUUGUGCUUAACAAACGCUUGGCAACUAUAUUAUUUUGUUACACCACCUAUUAUGACGUCAUGCAUAUUAAUAAGUGCACCACCUCAUUUCAUACUAAUGAUGCGGUUCCCUUGCGUCCCUCUUGCAUACUAAUCCUUCAAAUUCCUACUCGAUCGGUACCUACAGUACUAUUAUCACGUUUGUUACUUUUCUUCAGGCGUUGAUUGUUGAGUUAAAAGCUGAAAUGACAUCGAAGAUAGACUUUUGGAACAGGUACUACAAGUCCUUUCUAAUAUAUCUCACGCCUCUUUAUAUAAUGUAAGGCCGAUUGGUUGGGUUGGUUCCGAUUAAAAUGAUCAAAGAAGUCGUGAAAUGCAUUGACAAAACAGAAAACCCAAAAUCCAAAACAAAACAAAACAAAACAAAACAAAACAAAACAAAACAAAACAUUUUCAACUUGAACAGCACGUUUAGCAUACUGUAGUAUAUAUAAUUCAACGAUUUAUUUUGGAUUUUUUGGUUUCUCCUAUUGUGUGUUUAUAUCCUUUUCGUGAUAUAUAUAUAUAUAUAUAUAUAUAUAUAUAUAUAUAUAUAUAUAUAUAUAUAUAUAUAUAUAUAUAUAUAUAUAUAUAUAUAUAUAUAUAUACCGGGUGUCCCAAAAAAAAGUACUCCGGUUUGAUUUAUAAUAACUUCUAAACAAGUAAAGCUAUCAAACAGAAAUAACUUGCAUUAAAUAGAGGAAGGACUAACUUAGAUUUUGAUAUGUUACAGUUGUAUUUUACUUAAAAAUUCACGGAGAUAUUAAUGUUCAAAAUCGGGAGCAUAUUUUGGGAUGUGUCUAAAAUUAGCGAAAAUCGGCGUAUCAAAUUUUCACUCCAGCGUUUGUUUGCUUAAUGACAUAUCAGGGUAAAUUGUAUUUCAGCGAAUUGUAGUUAGGGUUUGUAAGGGAUAUGGCGUAGAUUUAGACAUCUUACAUGUAAGUCUUAACUUAUUGUUUCCUGAAAUAUGAACGUUCGAAAUUAUGUAAGUAUUUAAUAGGUCUUUGCAAACUUAAGGUACUGAAAGACCAUGCAAGGCAGGCGCUUCAAUUUUUCUUAAAUAACCUAUUUUUUAUGUUUUUCAUGGGUUCAAAACAAAGUUGAUUAUUUCUCGGUUAGAGCAGGAUUAAUAUUGUUCUUUAAUGGAGGAAAUAAUAUUGCUUUUUGCAAAUACACAUCACAGUAUCAAAGCUACUAUUUUGUUACGUUUUGUUCCAAAAAUGUUGGAUGUCUCUGGGGAGUUGCUUGUUAUGUCUUUACUUAUGGAGUUGUAUGGUUUGAUUGUGUUUCAUUCUCAGUUUAUUCUGAACUUGCUAAGAUUAAGAAAGGCAAAAGAGUUUGGGUGUUCUUAACAAGAUUUCAGAACGUUGCAGAAGUUAGAAAAUUCAUUCAAUGUGAAGUUAGAAAAUUCACAAUUCCAAUGUGACAGCGUGCCCUAAUUCAGAACUACGAACGAUCCAUGACGAUCCUUCGCGAUGCAGUAGUCUCAUGAAAUAAGGAAACGUAUUCGUGCUAGGAACACACGCGGAUUUCGGACGAAUAAAUCUUGCUUGUAUUUUGUAGAUAAUAAUACUUUGUUUCAUAAUAAACAAUUUGUCAAGUGUCAUUUAUUUACAGGUAAUAGUGCAUGUUUCAGUCGGGUAAAUCUUGAUUAAUAUUUGAUACGCUGUUUUUGGCAUAUUUCAGACACAUCAAGAAAUAUGCUCCCGAUUUUAAACAUUAAUAUCUCCGUGAAUUUUUAAGUGAAAUACAACUGUAAUAUAUCAAAAUCUAAGUUAGUCCUUCCUCUAUUUGAUGCAAGUUAUUUCUCUUUAAAAGCUUUACUUGUUUAGAAGUUAUUACGAAUCAAACCGGAGUACUUUUUUUUGGGACACCCGGUAUAUAUAUAUAUAUAUAUAAAUAUAUAUAUAUAUAUAUAUAUAUAUAUAUAUAUAUAUAUAUAUAUAUAUAUAUAUAUAUAUAUAUAUAUAUAUAUAUAUAUAUAUAUAAUUAAUUAAAGUUCUCCGGAUUGAAAUAUACUUUUAUUGAGCUUUCGACUCGGUACUUCGAGCCUUCUUCAAUCCGGAGAACUUUAAUUUAAUUAUAAUAUGCCUGGAUUACAAAUCUUUAAACAUAUAUUUAUAUAUAUAUACAUAUUAUAUAUUGAUAAUUAUACAAUUGUUCGUUUUGAUCGUAACAGAUUUGGCGGUGGUGUGGCUCUAUAUAUAAAAAAUAAUAUACCAUACACUGAGAGAAAAGAUUUAGUCCCUGAUAAUUUAGAAAUGACAUGUGUGGAGAUUACUAGGCAACAUAUA